CCGCCAUUUAAGACGCGAAGUGAAGAGUCCACGGAAGUAAUUGCAGCGGCGGAGACAACCGAGAUUCGGCAAACGUACGGAACGAGAAGAGCCUGUGCCAUAAAAAGGCGCGCGUUUCUGCCCUUCUGCCUCACAAGCUUGCAGCGUGUUGCCUCUUCAGGGUGUGAGAAACCAGCAGAACAGCCCGUCAAACCCAAGUGCGAGGACCGCCAAGGAGGAAACAUGGAGGGCAAAGUUGUGCUUCUUUUCUUCACAUUGGUGCUACUGACAAGCUGCGCCUGUCUGGAGGCGGCUCCGAACUACGAAAGCCCAAACACAAGGACCGAGAGAACCAGGCUGGCCGGCUUCGUGGACUAUGGGUACCCUGGUCAGGAGAACGCCGUCACGGAGGAGAUGAUGCCGCUGUACCAGGACGAAGAGGACAAGCGAAUGGCAGAGGCUGUCAUGUCGAACGCCAAGAGCAAGAACGUGUACAAACUGGGGAGGUUGCACGCGCUGAAGGCCAUCCUGGACGACAUCACAGGCGGCAAGGCUGCAGGCAGGAAACGCGCGGCGGACCUGGAUGUGGACAACCACGCCUACAAAUUCUCCUGGACGUCAAACAAGAAGGACAGCAACUACCUGCAGGUCGGGGACCUGGUGGAGCUCAUCCUCAACCAGAAAGUGCAGCUUCCAUAAGCUCCAUGACUUCGCAAGACCACGGGGCUUACGUUGUUUGUUGCAGUUUCAUCCGAGAGCAACCCUACAGCGCCCUCUACCAGCCACUUAUGAGCUGCAGGAGAUGACAAGCAAAACCUGGCAAUCCCGCAGAUUCUCCCAUCCGAGCUUUAUCUCCAACCUCCAAGCGCUUGAUGAGCAGCAGAUAUUAUCGGUGUAGUAGCCGUAGAAUCCAAUCAUGCCUUUUGGCUCAUCGCUAUUUCAACCCACAUUUGUAUCUAUCUGUCUAUAGAACUGCGUUCCUUUUUUAUUUGUGUCGGUACUAUGUUGUAUUGCAUAUUCAUAUCUCUUUUAUCUUGUUUCUUUCAAAAAAUAAAUCCUGAGCAGCAGAA